GGCCCCGCGCGCUCGCGCCGCCCAGCCUCGGCCUCCCCCGCGCGCGCCCCGCAGCCCGCGCGCUCGCCCAGGGACCCGCGCGCUAGCUCGCUCACCCGACCGGCCGCGCGGCUGGCCUCGCUCCCGCACGGCAGCGGCUCGCAUCCGCCCGGCGGCCGUCCCAAGACUCGCGGUCCCGCGCCGGUGCUCCCGGUCCCGUUCCCACCGCCCUCUCCCCGUUUCCCUCCCAGUUCUGGCCGCCCGCUCGCCGGCUAGCCGCCGCCGCUUGACGGGCACGGGCAACCCGUGGGCGACCCGAGACCCGAGCGGGCACGGGUCUGGGCUUAAAAAUGAACCCGUGAUGGGUAUGGGUUUGGAUCCGUGCCCGUUGCCAACCCUUUCCUCUGCUUCCCUUCUGAUUCCCUGCGCGGCGCCGACCCUCUUCUUGGAGGAGGGGGUAAAGAAAGCGAAGCCGCCGCCGGGGGACACUACACUAGCCGGGUCCUGUCCAACCCACCCGCCUCUCGAACUUUCAGAACCAUCCACGCGCUAGCUGCGGCGCAGCGCGGCCGGUGCUAGCUCCAUCGCCGAGUGUUAGGGGGGAGGAGACCAGAUUGCGAGAGAUGGCCUCGCCGGAGCCAUCCGCGGCGGGUGCCGGCGCCGGGGGCGAGUCGGCGAGCCAGGCGACGGCGGUGGAGCCGAUCCGGAUGCCGACGGCGGAGGAGAUCAAGGGGCAGGACAUCUGGAACAACUGCGCGGUCCGCAGCGUCGUCAGUGGCGUCAUGGGAGGUGGUCUUGGCGUACUUAUGGGACUAUUCUUUGGAGCUCUGGAAAAUCCAAUAAUGGCAGAGGAGAUGACAGCAAGGCAACAAAUAGUAUACACAGCAAAACAGAUGGGUAGUAGAAGUAUAAGCAAUGCCAAAACCUUUGCGGUCAUGGGUCUGAUUUUCUCAGCAGCUGAAUGUGUCAUAGAGAAGGCUCGGGCAAAGCAUGACACUACCAAUACAGCGGUAGCUGGUUGUGUCACAGGAGGAGCUUUAGCAGUGAAAGGUGGCCCUAAAGCUACAUGCGUUGGAUGUGCGGGUUUUGCUGCCUUCUCAGUGGCGAUUGAGAAGUUCUUUGAUCGGCAUACUUGAAACGGGUGAUGUCAAUUGGAAGUGAAUCUUUUUUUUAGCAGAGUAUGAGCAGCAGUAGUGGAAGAACCUGAUUAUUUGCAACAUCCAGUCAUUGACAUCUCUUGAGAGAUUUUGUACCCCUAAAGUUUUUGCUAUUUUCAAUUUAUUACCUGGCUUCAUAGUUAUAACUGGACCCCUGGUGCACUUUCAAGGUCCAGUCCACCUGAAUCAAUAUUGAUGACAAUCGACUGUGUUCUCAAAUGUGUUAUGUUGUUAUCCACAGCAACAGGUUUCUAUAUUAUUGUUGCAA